AUGGGUUCAUCCCACGCGCCGCCACUUACCCGAAGGACUUCCCAGCGUCAGGCUUCGUUGCGACGCCCUCCGUCGCGGACUCUGAAGCGACACGAGUCCAACCCUGCCCCGAACGCCGGCUCUCAGCCCCAGUAUGGAGCGAUGCAUGACAGCUCUGACGAUGAGAUGCCGGUUCCCAUGAAGCUCAGCGCGCUCACCAAGGCGUUGCUGGAUGAUGGCGGCCCAGCUGCUGCCCAACAGAUGAGGCAGGCCACCAGGCAGGCGGCGUCUCCUCCUAGGACCAGGAGACGCAGCGCGCUCUCAACCUCCCAAGCCGCGCCGGAGGAGGGCAGGAGGAGCCUGCGGUCUGGCAGCUCACAACCCUUCCAGGAUGCCAAUGGCAGAUCCUCUCGCGGCCCUUCCCCGCUAAAAGCCGAGAGAACACUUGAGCAGCCUGGGCCAGAUGAAGAGAAGGUCCACGUCCACAAUCGCAUCUACUUCCACUUCCCGACCCCGGGACAAAUCGUCCACCUCCGACUUCGACAAGGCCGCUCCCCUCCCCCACCGGCUGAUGUCAACACGCCGGCACAGCAACCAAGAGUCGUGAGGAUCGCUAGCGGCUCUUCGGCGGCUCGGGGAAAAUCCACCACCUCGUCAGCAGUCUCCUCGGCUAGGUCUGUGCCUGUUUCCGGGCACUCGUCACAGGCGGACCAUGAGGCCCUAGACGAACCCGGAACAGCUGCACGGAAUUCGGCCCAUAUGGGCAGCGUGUCGAGGGCGGGCAAUGUUGGCCGAUUGGAGGACAAUCUUGCUCUUCAGAGCUCUAUGCGCAUCAAGCGCGUGGGCAAGAGGACGCCGAAGAGGGGAGACGGCGAGCUCAUGGGCUCCAGUCAGGACCCGGAUAGCCAAAAGGCCGACCCUACUCCAGGCGGAGAGGGCCUCGGCUCUUCGUUCUAUGCGAGCAAUAAGUAUGCCGACUUUGCGUCCGGAAGCCCUGUUAGUUCCAAGGACCUUCAUCGCCGCCACGCCUCUCUCGCCGAUAUGCGCAUGUCAUCCUCCGCUAGGCUGUCUCCCGCGGUGAGGCAUCCCGAGCCCGAGGCCCGACCCGAAAAGGAACACGUGGAGCCGGAGCCCCUACACGAACCUGCACCCGAGCCCCGAAUUCCUGCCCGGAUCCAACCCGUGAUGAUGCCAUCCGCCCAUGAUCAAGAAAAUGAAAUCCCCUCAGCAUCAGGCACGUCAAGCCGUUUUCCUCCCGGCGAAGCCCGUCGUAGAGGCCAUGGGGCGGCGUCCCCUACCAUCCGAGGUGCCCGCACCAAGGGCGACGGUGUCUCCGGAGAGGAAGCCCCUCUCCUCAAUGAGUCACAAUACUCCCCACCGCCCCGCGCCUCCCCGCCCAAGAUGUCGGUCGUCGAUGUUGCCACGACAUCCGCCGGCGCCGUCACAACCCAAGUCAAGCAGCGACGAAACGUUAUCAAGGUUAACGGAAAGUGCUAUACGAGGCUCGACGUUGUUGGCCGCGGCGGUAGCGCCAAGGUGUACCGAGUGACGGCCGAGAAUGGCAAGAUGUGGGCUCUCAAGCGAGUGUCUCUAGAGCACGCCGACGAAAACACCGUCAGGGGCUUCAAGAGCGAGAUUGAUCUCCUGACCAAGCUCGCCAAGGUCGAGAGGGUGAUUAGCCUUUUGGACUAUGAGAUGAAUGACGAGAAGAAGGUUCUCACCCUGGUUAUGGAGCUCGGCGAGGUCGAUUUCAACCAGUUCUUGAAGACCCGGCAGCCUCCGGACACGGGCCGCUUCGAUCCUGUGUUCGUUCGAUAUUACUGGAACGAGAUGCUCGAAUGCCUGCUAGGCGUCCACGAUAGUGACGUCGUGCACUCCGAUCUCAAGCCGCAAAACUUUGUCCUUGUCCAGGGCCGUCUGAAGCUUAUCGACUUUGGCAUUGCCAACGCCAUCCAGACAAACGAGACGGUUCAUGUUCACCGAGAGACACAGAUUGGCACGCCGAAUUACAUGUCCCCGGAAUCCUUGAUGGACUACAACGCUAUGCGCGGAGUACGAAUUCCAGGCCAGCCAAAACUCAUGAAACUCGGCAAGGCCAGCGACGUCUGGUCGCUGGGCUGCAUCCUCUACCAAAUGGUCUACGGCCUCGCCCCAUUCGGGCACAUUGCCAACCCGAUGGCCAGGUGUCAGGCAAUCAUUAACUGGGAUUACACCAUUGACUUCCCUGGCCGUGGCAUGGGUGGCGUUCCUGUCCCUCCAUCCCUCAUCCGCGCGAUGAAGCGGUGCCUCAGCAGAGAGCCUCAUCUCCGGCCCACGUGCGAGGAGCUGCUCCACCCUACGGACCCGUUCCUUUUCCCCGCGGAACUGCACGAGAAGGCCCUCCCCAUCGACGAAGAGCUCCUUGGCCGCAUCAUCCAGAGCGUUGUCACUCGAUGCCGCGAGCGGAUGCCCACGGAUGCCGAGACCAUGUCGGUGUGGCCCGCCGCUUAUUGGGCGAGCGUAAAGAAGGCAAUGAACGCCAACCGGACGUGA